AUGCCGUCCCAAGCUGUCCAGCGCAUCAGCAUUCGCUGGUUGCCCGAGCCUGCCUAUGAAGAUACCGACACGAUUGCACUCAACGUAGGAAGGUACUUCAUAGACUUGCGGAUUAUCAAGGAAACUCAGACUCUUCAAUGGAGCCGCGCGAGAGAGAGAAUCGCUUUGAAGACCGAACCCCCUACAUUCCGAUGGACACAUAUCAUCGACUCCUUGAACCUGACUGUACCUGACGAUGCCUAUUUCGAGAAGUUACCCAAUGGAGAUGACCUCGAAAUCGGCACCACGCCUUGUCCUCACAAGAACGGUGUUCCAACUGACUACGAAGAAGUCUGGAGAGACGUUACGAAACGUGGCCCGAAUGACACGCCUUCUUGGAUACUUCAGAGCAAAGACGGAAUGACUUUCAUUGGCAAAGUUGGGGUCAUAUAUCUUGCCAUCCGCAAGGCGUCGGCGACAGAAUUUGCUGCGCGACGAGAGGAUUACGAUUCCCAUCAUGGAAUUUGGAAGUGCACAUUUGAAUCUGAGAAUGAUGGCAGCAUGCCGAAAGCGUCCGCGGUGGUGACUAUGGUAGACAACGAAGCGCAAACGUCGGUAGAUGGAGGUCUGGUUAGCAUCGGCGGUGUGGAAUUUGUAUUUCGGGAUGUCAGUCAAGACUAA